AUGGGCUCCAAAACCCUAGGCCUGAAGAAAUACUCACCGCGGUCUCGAACAGGGUGCCGGACGUGUCGUGCACGACGGAUUAAAUGCGAUGAGACACCAGGACCAUCAUGCAAGAACUGCACGUCGACAGGUCGUACUUGCGACCGGUCCCCGCAGUUUCAGCUCCCCAUAAAAUCGCGCCUUCGACACGCUAGUCACCUGCACAACUACAUUUCCACCAACCUGCCCGGUAUGACAGCCGAUGAGCGCCGCUGUCUCGCCUUAUUUCAGACAUAUACGAUGCCCAUGCUGACCGGGUUAUGUGACUCGGAACUCUGGCAACGGCUCGUGCUACAGAUGAGUCAGAUGGAGCCGGCAGUUGGACACGCUGUCGCAGCGCUGGGCGCAUUCCACGAAACUACGACUGUGGGUGUAGCUGGUAUGAAUAACGAUUAUCAGCUCUUUGCACUGGAGCAAUACGGGCGGGCGAUUGCGGUUCUUCGUCGCCGUCUUGCGUCCGGGUCUGGGGAUCCCCAGCUACGGAUUACAGCGUUGGUGUGUUGUGUGAUCUUUGUGGUGCUAGAGUUAUUGCAAGAUAAUUACGGAAACAUAUUGGUGCAUCUGAGGAAUGGGAUAUACAUCCUUAUGAAUGAGACUGGCCCGAAAGCGAGGGAAGCAAUAUUCAAAUCCCUUCCCGCUGGUCCGAAAAAUGAUAGUGAGCGAGAAGAGGACGCGGUUUUCACGCAUAUGUUUGCGCAGUUGACAGUCCAGGCAGCGCAUUUCAGCGAGGAUUCCGUGAUGAGGUUGCAACCAUUGGAUGCGCAUCUCUCCACGGUGCAUUACGACAGUAUAGAAAUUCGCAGUCUGAUUGAAGCAAAGGAUACGUUGGACCCGUUGAUUGAUAGCAUGGUGCGUUUCUGGACGCGCUGCGAAGUAGAGCUUCGAGAUCGCUCUGCAGAUCAUUAUCCUCUCUAUGUCGAGCAACAACGGCAAUACAGUAACAUACAACGCCAUAUCAACGCCUUUGAGACAUACGUGUCCCAAGCCCAACACUACUCACCCAAGGAAACUCGAGCUAUCGAUACAAUCCGCGUCAGUCACAUCGUUAUGAGUACCUAUAUCGCCACCUUCAUGGAUCUCACCGAGACCAUCUACGACCGAUUCCUAGCACGAUGGACCCAAGCCGUAAUUUUGACAGAGCAGAUCGUCGCCAGUCUUCAAACGGAAUACGCCCACAAGCAACAGCCACUUCCCAACGUCAUCUCCGAUAUUGGGGUCUUCGUCCCAUUGUUUUCGGUAGGGAUCAAGUGCCGCGAUGUGGGUAUCCGAGAGCGUGUGUUGAGGUUGUUCCGCACAUGGCCGCAUCGUGAAGGACUGCAUGACUCAAUGUCAUACUUAUACAUGGUGCGGGAAAUAGCGAAGCUGGAAGGGGAGGCAGCCGAUGCUAAUGGGUAUGUGCCGGAGAAGGCGAGGGUGCGAACGAUGAUGUUUGAAAAGGUUGGAGAUGGAAAGCAUGUGGUGCUACACUACGCGUUAUCGGACCCAGAGGCGAAAGAAUUGGUAAUGAGGAGAAGAGUUUUUGCAAUGGAUGAAUUGAUAUAA